AUGCUCCAAGCCGCUGGCUCGAAAGCUGAGAUUCUGACGCCUGGAACGCUAGGCUACGAAGAAAGUAUCAAACGAUGGAGCGACACGUGCGAGAAGAGGGCUGAUGCAACCAUCCACCCCGUCUCCAUCCCAGACAUCCAAACCAUCCUCGCCUUCGCCCGCACCCACUCCACCCCCUUCGUCAUCCGCGGCGGCGGCCACUCCACCUCAGGCGCCUCCGCGACCUCCUCGGGCUUCGUCCUCGACCUCUCCCAACUACGCGCCGUCACCGUCGACCCCGCCGCCCGUACCAUCACCGCCGGCGGCGGCACCACCUGGGCCGACGUCGACGGCGCCGCCGCCGCCUACGGGCUCGCGACCGUCGGCGGCACCUUCAACCACACGGGCGUCGGCGGCUACGGGCACCUCUCAGGCCGGCACGGCCUCACCAUCGACAACCUGCUCGCCGUGCAGAUGGUGCUCGCCGACGGGUCCUACGCGACGGCGUCGGCGCGCGAGAACGCGGACCUGUUCUGGGCGGUGCGGGGCGCGGGGCAGAACUUCGGCGUCGUGACGCAGUUUGUAUUUCGCGCGCAUCCGCAGCCGGGCGCCUGUGUUUGGCGGUAUGCUUCGUUUUCCCCGGGGAGAAGCUGGGCGGGGUGGUGCAGUUUGCGAAUUGGUUCCACGAGGGCAAUGAUGGGGAUCAGCACGCUGUUGUUUGGGUUUUCGGCGCCGCCGCCGCGGGGCGUGCCGGUGGUGGUGGUGGUGGUGGUGGCGGUGUUCUAUAAUGGGACGGAAGAGGCGGGGAGGGAGUUCUUUAAGCCGUUGUUUGAACUAGGCCCGGUGGCGGACAUGACGAGGAGUAUGCCGUAUGAGGAGCUUAAUGGGGUUUUGAACGAGGGGCAGGGGUUUGGUGGGAGGAAGUUGUUUGGGGGUGGGAAUUUCACGCUGCCGCUUGAGCCCGGGUUGGUUGAGAAGAUUAGGGACGACUUUAUGGCGUUUAUUAGUGCUCAUGAGGAUAUGGGGGAGAGUAUAAUGCUCUUCGAGGGGGUGCCGUUCAAGAAGAUCAUUGAGGUGGCGAACGACGCCACCUCGUUUGCGAAUCGGGGGGAGUACUACAACGUCGCGACGUGCUUUAAGUGGUAUGACGAGGCGUUGGACGGGGAGGUGAGGGCAUUUAGCAAGGCGCUGUUGAAGAAGGCGAGCGAGGAUGCGGGGGUGUGGAAGAAGAGGAAGCAGGGCCAGGGAGUGGGGCAAUAUGCGAAUUACGCUGAGUUGGACAACGAUGCAGCGGAGAUGUUUGGGAAGAACACGGCGAGAUUGUUGGAGUUGAAACAGAAGUAUGAUCCGGAGAACAUGUUUAGGAGUCACUGGUUGGUUGCGAAGCCGGCGGAGGUUAUUGUGCAUUAG